CUGGGCACUGACGGCUAGUUCUCCCAGCUGGGACCUGUUGAGUCCCAUUUAAAUGCUGGUGCGCAGAUCCCUGAGCAGCUCAUUCACCUUCCAAGAUGCUGGCUGCAGUAGUGGAGGGGCUGGUGGUGCUCUGCCUGGUCUCAGGCAUUCAGGGAGGAAAACGGUUUCAGGAUGUCAUGGAGUUUGGAAGGGAUCCUGGCUCUAGAGGGCACAGUAACCAUAUAGAUGGGUGGUCUCCUGAUACCAACUCCUGGGAUGAGAAACUCUACCCUGCCUGGAAGUCUGAUGAUGCCAGAUGGGAAAACUGCUGGAGAGAUGGUAAAGUAAAGGCGUUGUUGACCAGUGACAGCCCUGCGCUGAUAGGGUCAAAUAUCACUUUCGCUGUCACCCUGCAAUUACCUAGAUGUCAAAAAGAAAAUGAAGAUGGAGACAUAGUUUAUGAAAGAGGGUGUGGAAAUGUUUCCUCCAACUUCCCAGACCAAUAUGUAUAUAACUGGACCAAGUGGAUACAUUUCUGUAACGAAGGAAACUGCAGCUUUGCCAACAAGUUUCCUGAUGGAAAACCAUUCCCACAUCACCCCCACUGGAGGCGACACAACUUCAUUUACAUCUUCUCUACCCAAGGCCAGUAUUACACAAAGAAUGGAAGAUCUUCUGCUGUUCUGUCCAUAAAUACUACAAACAUCACAACUGGCACACAAAUGAUUGAGGUCACUGUAUACAGGAAAGGACACUGGAAACACUACCCGGUUGCUAAAGCAAGUAGUAUUUAUGUUAUAACUGACCAAAUUCCGUUUUAUGUGAAGUUUUCCCAGAAGAAUGACAAGAAUUCCUCAGACCAACUCUUCAUAAAGGAUUCUCCAAUUGACUUUGACAUCCUAAUCCAUGAUCCAAGCAACUACCUUAAUAAAUCUACAUUGAAAUUUGACUGGGAUUAUGGGGAUGGAAAUGGAUCUUUUUCUUCCAAUAACCCGCUUUCUAAUCAUACCUAUGACAUGUUUGGAAACUAUACUGCUAUGUUGACCAUUAAAGCAGCCAUUCCUGGUCCAUGUAAUCCUGUAACACCAACAACUCCAGUCCCUACAACACAUCUCCCAACUACCACCAGUACAAUCACCACAACUAAUUCAACUGGUAACUCAACAGAACUACCACCAUUCGAGACUGAAACCUUUCCACUGACAACUGAGAUGCCAAAUGUUACGACCGCUCAUAUAACCACUGCACAUACAACUGCUGCUCCUGGCUGCUUCAUAUACAGAUAUGGAUAUUACAGCACAAACAUCACAGUUGUAGAUGGAAUCCUUGAGGUUAAGAUUGUGGAAAUGACCAAUGUUGAAGUAUCUACAUCUCAGACUGGAAACUCCAUAAUUGACUUUGUGGUGACUUGCCAAGGAAGCCUGCCUACAGAUGCCUGCACCAUAGUCUCAGAUGCUAGUUGCAUGAUUCCCCAGGACAUUGUCUGUGACUCGGUUCCAUCUUCAGAUCAAUGCUUACUGACCCUAAGAAGAACCUUUCAGCCUGGAUCUUACUGCGUCAAUAUUACACUGAGUGACAGUGCAAGUUUGGGUCUUGCUAGUACGCUGGUGUCUGUUAAUGGUGGUUCCAAACUACAGGCUCUUUCUGCAGUACUCCUUUCUCUAGCUUUGGUUGGCGUUGUUGCUGUGGUAAUUGGCAUUUCCUUGUACAAGAAACACAAAGAACACAAACCUAUAGCAAAUGCUUCAGAUGAAAUAAGUGGCCAAGGAAUCAUUGUCUACUUCAGUCAGAUCAAAGAUGUUCUCUUCAAAAGAGACAAUGAACACAAUCCUCUUCUCUUCUGAAAAAGGCUUCAAUAAUAUGAUACUAUUUUACUUGACUGUCUGCCAUGUAUUGGUAUUCUGCUGCUUGGUUCCUCAUCUGUGUUAAAGCUGUAUUAGAAAUGCUUGUCAAUAAAGUGUUUCCUUUAUUUAAA